AUGAGUGACCCAUCUUACUGUAGCAACUCUGAAGGAGAUCAAUAUUCACAUAUCAGUGACUCUGAGCCUGAAAUUUAUGAAAAAGAUGUAUACGAAGACGAAGAAGAUGAACAAGUUGUAUACGAAGACAAAGACAAAGAAGAUGAAGAAGAUGAAGAAGUUGAAGAAGUUGAAUUCAAAGAUGAAAAACCUUAUCUUGCUUCGAAAAAUCUUGUUACUUCUCCUCCGUUACAGUCUCAGGGAAACAAAUCAUCCAAUUCUACAAAUUCGACCAAGGGAAAACCUCCUCUUACUUCUCCGCCAUUACAGUCUCAGGGAAAGAAAUCCUCCAUUUCUACCAAUUCGACGAAGGGUCGGAAGGUGGCUAUCAAAGUUAAGAAAACCUUCAGGCUACCCUUGGACCGUCCAUCUUUCGAAACAUUCAUAGAUGAAAACACUACCCUUGACGACGAAGGUUAUCCAUUAUUCCCAAAUGGAAACACUGUCUUUCUUCGACUAUCAGCCGAGCAAAAGUUCACCAACUGGGGGACUUUUGGAUUCACUUAUACAUCGUCUGGUGGCAAAAGCAAAGGCCCAGGUGACUGGCGAACAGUCAGAUAUAGCUGUCUAGGGGUCAUAGUCUGCAAGAGUCUUGGUUGCAAUUAUCUUGGAUCACCGCCAACAGCAGCCCCCAAGAGAGAAGAAUGGAUGAGCAAACCUCAGAAAUGUCCUGCUGCAAGGUGUACUGAGGAACUUCAAUAUAUUGAAUGUAAUGACACCUUAUGCCGGUUGGACGAACAUCCGGACAAGUUGUCUUUGGCCAAGUUUGCCAAACGGGUAGUUGAAAACCCUGAUGUGGGACCAUUACGACACAAGGUCGGACGAGCUCCUGCGGGCAAGAAGGAAAUUGUUACCGCUAGCAACAUCCAUGCAGGUUUUGGCAACCUACAUCGGACUGGUUACUAUCGACGUAAGCUCCUUGGGGAAGCAGGUGUUAUCCCCAAAAAGAGUGUUCCAGGAGCGGCAGACAACUUCAUUAUGGACAUGUAUCACUGGUCUGACGUGUGA